AUGAAUCAGAUAAGAUUGCGGUUCAUCUACGAUCGCAACAACAGGUCUGUUCAGCAUCUUCCGCUGACCUUGUCGAUUUGCAGGGGUAAUGCUUUCCUAAAAGAAUUCCCAAUACUUAAUACUUGCUCAACAAACUGAUCAUCCCGUCAUCCUUACCGUUCCCCGUCCCCCAACCCGUUUUAGACUCAAUAACCUUUUCACCGUAGCUUUGGAACCAAGCCUUCGUGUAUGGAUGAGGGUCGUGCGAAAUUGUGGGACAUACUCGAAAUUCACGGUUACAGGUAGGCUAUAAGAAUGUGUAAUAAUGCUACUUUUGACGCGGAUCAUUCAUCGGAAUAGUCUCCUUGGGAAGAUUUCAAUUGCCCCGCUUUCCAUUUUCGCCAUGUUGAAGGUACAGAACGCUAAUGAGGUUUCUUUUCCGCGUCGCUCCUAAACUGGGUGGCUUUCAAUGAAUCAGCGAGGAACUCGACCUGUACUUUGUAGUGCUCUCCAUUGGUUUGUAUUCAUUCGUUCUAAACUUGUUUGGGUUAUUGUCAGCAGAAGUUCACGCCUGAGCUUUAAACAACUGGCUGGUUUUUCACUGAUAGUUGUUUAAUGGAGUUGAAGUGCUCUUCAUAAAUAGUAAAGUGAUGUUGAGAGUUUUAGCUCCUCAUUACAGUUCAUAGGCUGACUUGGCUUAAUUGUUAUUUUCAACAAAUUAAGAGCACUUCAAGCAUGACUGACGGAAUUUGCAUUCUUUGUUGUUGAUGAGAGAAAAAAAAUCAUCUUGCAAAAUAGCCUGGGUAAAGUUGUAUGGUAUUCUUUGUGUGCAUGUAAAUUUAAUAUAUUCUGUUGCACAAAUAGAUUCCCUAUUCUUCUGCAGCCCUUUAACGGUACGAAAUUACUGUGUUGUGAUCUCUACAGUUUGGAUGUUAGCCUUGCCUUUCUCCAGCUUGGUGUUCUUGAUUCCCGGCCAAGAAUGCACUUACGUAGGAAUGCCAUUCGCGGUUAUCCUGCUGUUUACUAUUUGCGGU